AUGGCCUUCCUCAGAACAAUCCUCGGGAGAACGACAACGACGAGCAAACUACUGAACCCUCUGAACCAACAGCAGGCCAACCAGUUCUCGAUCGGACAACAGCUGUUUGUUUGGGGACAGCGGAAGAAGAACCAGGUCGACAAGAACUUCAAGAUCUACAAGCCCGUCACACCCGCCAUCCGACAUCUCAGACUGCCCAGGAACGACCAUCUGCACAAGGGACGAUGCUAUCUCCCGCUGACCCUCCCGAAGAAGAAGACCGGCGGGAGGAAUAACUCGGGUCGGAUCACCACCAGGCAUAUCGGCGGAGGACACAAACAGAGGCUCAGGAUGGUCGACUUCCACAGGAACCUCUCCGGCCCACAACUCGUCGUCAGAAUCGAAUAUGAUCCCGGAAGAUCCGCCCAUAUUGCGCUCAUCAAACAUGUUCAAUCCGGCGCACUCUCCUAUAUCCUCGCCCCCCUCAACCUCCGCCCAGGACAGAUCGUCCAGAGCUUCAAGACAGGGAUCCCCAAGGACUUGCUCAACUCCUCAAACUCUAUCUUAGACCAACCAACCCCAGAAGCCAAUCCAGCAGGUCAACCAUCGACAGUCGCCUCUCAGGGCGUAGGAGAACUGAUCAGUGCCAAGGAGGUUUCAAACUCGACACUGACCUUAGGACUACUUCGGACAUUGACGAUCAAGCCGGGCAACUAUCUACCGAUCAGACUGAUUCCCGCCGGGACGACGAUUCAUGCGAUCUCACUCAAGCCGGACGGGAAAGCCAGUUUGGUGCGAUCGGCAGGCACGUUUGCCAAAGUGGUCUCGUUAGGCCACCAUCAUCGGAAGACGAAAGCCUCCUCCAAACAAGCCUCGUCCGUUCAACAGCAACAACAACAGCAACAACAGCAACAGUCAACAGGUGCACAAGAGCAAAAGACCGACCAGAGAGACUUACACGACCUCCAAGACCAUCAGGGCGAUUACGCCCAGAUCAAACUACAGAGUGGUGAGAUCCGCUUCGUCCAUAUGGAUGCCUGUGCAGCGAUCGGCUCAGUUAGUAACCCUCAUUGGCAAGGCCGGAAACUGGGGAAGGCAGGACGAGUACGAUGGCUGGGUCGACGGCCCAGAGUCCGAGGAGUAGCCAUGAACAAGGUCGAUCAUCCAUUAGGGGGAGGAAGAGGGAAAUCGAAGUCCAACAAACAGCCUGUUUCUCCCGCGGGACUGAAAGCGAAAGGAUUGCGGACCCGUCGUCCGGGCCCUCGGGGCAACCAAAUGGUCGUCAAACAACGCCCCAAAGGCAAACACGUCGGCAAAUAA